UCCUAAAAUUAUAAAUGGUCGGGCAGAAAGCAUGUGUGUGUUAUGAUGUUCGGUAUAGCGAACGUAUAUAAUGUGUUUUUAAUUUAAAACACUUAAAUACCAUUGCGCGAAACAAAGAUGUUUUAAUUCAUGUAAUGAGUUUGAAUUUACAUUAAAUCCAUGGUGUCAGAAUUCUAGUUUCUGUUGCAAUUAUAAAUUGAAAUAACAAAAUGAUUUUGGAAAAGGAAUAUUUAAACCCGGAUCAUUUAGCCGGUUUUGAUAAUUAUAAGUACAAUUCCAUUGAUACAGGACCAUUGAGCCUGUAUAUUAUGCACCCGUUUUGGAACUGGGUAGUACAGUAUUGUCCAAAAUGGGUAGCACCAAACUUGCUGACAUUUAGUGGCUUCCUUUUUACUGUCAUUACUUACGUCAUGUUUGCAGUAGUGGAUUACGAUUUUUUAGCGUCUGAUCCUGAUCAUCCUGAGAUCGAUUCGCUACCAAAAUGGAUGUUUAUGGCUGCCGCCAUUUUUCUUUUCCUCGCCUAUACUUUAGAUGGAAUAGAUGGAAAACAGGCCCGACGGACAGGCACCAGUGGACCACUGGGAGAACUUUUUGAUCAUGGUCUUGACUCUUAUACUUCGGCCCUUAUUCCCGCAGCCAUGUAUUCGAUUUUUAGCAGAGGAUCAAGAUACAGUAUACCUCCGUUCAGAAUGUUCUUUACAAUGUGGAACAUUCUUGUUAAUUUUUACCUUGCUCAUUUUGAGAAAUAUAACACGGGCAUAUUAUUUUUGCCCUGGGGCUAUGACUUCACUAUGUGGGGUAUAAUUUUCACAUUUUUCCUAACGGGGAUCUUUGGACAUGAGAUGUGGUACUAUUCUAUAGCUGGAAUUACAAAUGGAACAAUUGUGGAACUGCUGUUAUAUGUUUCAGCGAUGAUGUCUAACCUUCCUCUCGUUUUGUAUAAUAUUUAUAAAUCAUAUCGUGACAGAACAGGGAAAAUGCGUUCAUUGCCAGAGGCGAUAAGGCCACUGAUUCCUCUAUUUCUACUGUUCUUGAUUACGCUUUUGUGGGUCUUCGAGUCUCCGUCAAAUAUCAUUGAUGCAGAUCCGCGAGCUCUGUUCUUCCUAAUGGGAACAAUAUUUUCAAAUAUUAGUUGUCGAGUAAUAGUAGCUCAAAUGAGCAAUACCAGAUGUGAUUGGAUCAACUGGAUGAUGGUUCCCACUCUGGUCGUGGUUUUGAUUUCAGGAAUCACCCAAUCGUCGAGUAUUGAAUUUUUCCUUCUUUAUACCUUGUGUGUUACAACAACUCUUGCCCAUUGGCAUUAUGGUACAUGUGUGGUUCGGCAGAUGUGCCGACACUUCAAUAUAAAUUGUUUUACAAUUAAAAAACCGUCGGAUUGACUAGAUGCCGACAACGCGUGAUCUAGCAUCAGGUGUUGUCCCUCGGAACUUGUUUAUUUUCCUUUUUUUUUAGGUGAUUGAAAUGUUUUUCGUUUCUUGCCUAGUGAAAUGGUGGGUGGUCGUUUUUUUUUUGUAUAUUAUGUUUAUUUCGUGCCAGUUGUGAAUAAUUUUUAGAAGUCGUAGAUAUUAUAGUUUAAAGCCAAAGGUAAUUUUGAUCAUUUAUUAACCCGGAAAGGAAAAGGAAUUUUUGAUUUAUUAGCACCGUAGAUUUUCAAAACACCUCAGUUUGCAGUGCACUUGUAAGUUCACUUUCUAGUUCUAGUCAGCCUUGGUAAGGCGACAAUCGAAUGUAAUUUUGUCUAAUUAACCAACAAUUCCUUCUCCUUCAUUUUAAUAAGUUUUUUAGUUUGUUUUGAGGGACUAACAUUGCAUUAUUCCUGUAAUAUUGUGCAUUUAUACUGACUAGGAUAUCUACUAACUUUAAGUUAGUUUUUUUGUUUAUGAAAAUAUUCACUGUCCGCAAGAAGGAAAUUAUUUUUCAAAUACUAUGAUGUUCCUGCUGACAGAUGAUAUGAUAUAUCCUUUUUAUUAAUUUAUUAUUAGACAAUUUUAAUUUAAGCAAGUGCAAAAUUGUAUCUACUCAAGUAAGUGGAAAAAUGUUAUUGAUAAAUGAACAAUAAGGUUGUGUUUUUUUAGAUUUAAAUGUUAUAUUAAAACAUACAAGAAAAAAUAAUCCUUUUAUUUU